GUUCCCACUAGUACUACACAACUGCUCUAGGAACAUAAAAAAUUACUAAAACAAAUGUUAAAAUGUAAAGCUACAAGAUAAAGCUACAGACAGAACACAAGACAAGAGGUUCCUAUUGUCAUUUGCAGAGAGAGAAAGCUACUUCACUCCUUCCUUCCUCCGUCUCCCUGACCCUGAGCCCCACCACAUUCUCCUCUCCGUCGAUCUUCCUCGCUUCUGAACAAGCCGGCCUUUUGAUGGGUGCGGCGGCAGAAUCUAAAACCAAUCGGAGGAUCUCGUGAAUGAAUCUUUGUUUCUUAUGGGGAAGAACAGCGACGAGGAGCAGAAUCUCCCAGAGAACAACGAUACAGCUAGGAACAACGAAGGAAGCAGAUGCUCUAGCUGUUGUUGUUCUGCUCGGAUCUCAAGAUGCUUUAGUCUCAGAUGCGUUUUGAUUCUUGCUUUCUCCGCCGCUGUCUUUCUCUCCGCCGUGUUUUGGCUGCCUCCAUUCCUCGGGUUAUCAGAUCGUGACGAUCUAGAUCUCGAUCCAAGGUUUAAAGGACACAGAAUAGUGGCAAGUUUUGAUGUCGAAAAACCAGUUUCUUUCUUGGAAGACAAUCUGUUGCAGCUUGAGAAUGAUAUCACUGAUGAAAUAAGCUUUCCCAUGACCAAAGUUGUGGUAUUAACCCUUGAACGCUGGGGGAAUCUAAACAGAACAAUGGUUAUCUUUGCAAUCGACCCCAAGAAGAAGAACAUUAAGAUACCUACAGAGAUUGAGAGUCUAAUCAAGGCAGCUUUUGUAUCUUUGGUAACAAACCAGUUGUCUUUCCGGUUAACUGAAUCCUUGUUUGGCCAACCUUUCUUCUUUGAGGUGUUAAAGUUCCCAGGAGGCAUCACUGUGAUCCCUUCCCAGCCUGUAUUCCCUUUGCAGAAAGCUCAGCUUCUCUUCAACUUCACGUUAAACUUUUCUAUUUACCAAAUUCAAUCUAACUUCGAGGAGCUCACUAGCCAGCUGAAGAAGGGUAUAAACCUGGCUUCCUAUGAGAACUUGUACAUAACCUUGUCAAACUCCAGAGGCUCAACGUUGGCGCCUCCUACUAUAGUUCAUUCUUCUGUUCUGCUCACAUUCGGAACCUCAUCAAGGCUGAAGCAGCUUGCUCAAACUAUCACUAGCUCCCAUUCAAAAAACCUUGGCCUAAACCACACAGUGUUUGGUAAGGUUAAGCAAGUCCGUCUCUCCUCAAUCUUACCACAUUCACCCGUCAAACCAUUAGCUCCUUCUCCUUCUCCUCAACCUGAAACCCACAAACACUACUACCAUCAUCAUCGUCAUCGCCACCACCAUCAGGAACUUGCUCCAGAACCUUCACCUGCAGCUAAGAGCCUUGCACCUGCAUCUGCGCCAAUUAAACACUUGCAUUUACACCGGAGAAGCCCACCUCCUUGCCCUUACGAGCAGAGGGGGAGACCGAAAGGAAACGAUGCUCUGAACCAUCACUCUGCAACACCAACUCCUGCACCACACCGGUCUCAGCAACACGCACCAGCACCAAACCAUACACCGCCAAGUCAUCAUCUUGCUAUUCCAGUUUCUAGCCCACUUCCCCAUGUAGUAUUUGCUCAUAUCCCACCUCCAGCAAGAAUCUCCCCUGAGUCAAGACCAGACAGUGAGAAAACACCUGCACCUUCUCCCACUCCAUCUUCGGCUAGCAUCGGUCCAAACUUCAAAAGGGUGUCACCGAAGCUGCUCGUAAUAGUAACCGCUGUAAUCAUCUGUCUGUAAAACCAAAAAAAACGCCGCAGGAAACUGCUUUUAACGUUCAAGCUGUAAAAAAAGAAGCAGCAGUUCGGAAAAGCAGAACUUCUCCGGUCCCAACAUCAAUGUAACUGUAUAAAUGAACACAAGGCCAACAACAACAAAAAUGUAUGUAUGGAAAAUGAAGAGAGUUUUUGUAAAAGAGCUGUUGAGGUUUGCAACACAAAA